AAUCGUAUUUUUAUCAGUUGAAGUAGUAGAUACGCGAUCAGAUUAGCGUCACUUCCUACGAGUACGAUUGAUGACGUUCUUUCGACGAAUAUAUUUUCUUUAGGUGGUUCAUUUUUACCUGGAUCAUAUGAUCACCUCAGUAUGCCAAAGGCUCCAUAUCUGUUAUUAUUGAUAUUCAUUUUGGAAUACUCGAUCACACUCCACGUAUCAUGCUGCGCCAACGACCCCAGCAUUUCGACCGAAUACAAAACCGCACUCAGCAAACAGACAAAACGACGCAGCGUGAAAAUCACCGACGCCAGCGACUUCCUCGGACUGGUGAAAAACAGCGACGCAUUCAUCGACAAAACAAUGCUGAUUAAAGAAAUCAUGGAUCACAAAGAAAAGGUCAUCCUGAUUACUCGACCUCACAAAUGGGCCAAAUCCGUCAACAUGGACAUGCUCAAGUUAUUCCUUCAAAUGAAACUAGACAAACGAGGCCGACCUUUGUCGAAGAAGAACAAAACCAAACAACGAAUCCUCUUCGAAUCCGGAGAGUACACUUUGCAUUACACUAAAGGUCGAUUACAGCAACCAUUGCUCAUCUCCAAUUACCCCGAAUUCAUCCAAGAGCACCAGGGUCAAUACCCCAUGAUACACGUGAAAAUGGAGCUCACUCUCAGUCGAGGGUGCACGUUUACCAAUUUUUUAAAAAGCAUUCGAGCCAUUAUAAGUGGCACGUUUCGUUCGCACGAUUACCUCAAGCAUAUCUUCGAAAAAGCUCGUAAUGAUACUCGACAUAGUAAAUCGCAGAUGAAAAAAUACGCCAAAUUUUUACUCUGGUUUAAGAAAAUGACCGCCAAAGAUUACAUGGCGCUGGAUAAACUGCAUUCGAGUUUCGUUCUGUUGUCGAAAAUGCUCCACGAUCAUUUCGGUAAACCUGUCGUCAUCUUGAUGGACGAUUACGAUGCUCCUUUGCAAUACGUAUUACGUAACAAAGAUGCACCGAAUGUUGAAAAACAGAAAUUUAUCCAGUUUUAUCAGAACUUUCUGCACGAUACGUUCAAAUUGAAUCCUCAUAUUAAAAAAGGUGUUCUGGCAGGCAACCUGAGACUAUACAAAGAAGAGUUAUUCUACGAGUAUAAAAUACCUUACCCUAGGACCUGCGUCGACGACCAAUUCUACGAAUACUUCGGGUUCACAGCCAUCGAAGCUGGUUGGUUAUUCGACUAUCGUAAUGUUUCGAAAGACAUCCGAGGUAAAGUACGAAACCUCUACUUCGGUUAUCAACCUACCAACAACCCUUCUCUAAAAAUCUACAACGUCCACUCGUUCUCCAGUUUCUUGGACGAGAAAAAAUACAAAAACUACUGGUCCCAGAGCGACUUACUCGAAUCAUACUUAAGCCAAUUCCUCAAAGCAGCCUCGUUCAAGGAAACAUGCACAGCUCUAACUUACGGUAACGAAAUCUCCAUUCAUAAGGCAGAUCUCCGAUUCAACGCCACCGAUUUCCUCAGAUUACAGAAUUUCAUGAACGAUUACAACAAGGUGCCCGAAAAUUUCCCAGCUCUGGCUUUAUCUUACUUAUUCAGCACUGGGUACUUGACCACAGACUAUACUCAAGAUGAAACAGUCUAUUUGAGAUUCCCUAACAGACAAAUCGCCCAAGAAAUAAGGGUCAUCCUGUCUCGAAACUACAGACUCAAGUUGGGAGUCGCCGAAGCCCAUAAAGCCAAACCAUUAAUAGAGCAAUUCCGAAGAUUCGUCUUGUACGAUCAAAACAAUACGAACGAAUUAGCUGUAACGUUGACCAGGUUUCUGGCUCCGAGAUCUCCUCGUAAAGUUGAUCAAUUAUUGCUGCGUCAGACUAUCAAUUACCUCGCGAUUUAUAUCGACUCGUGCGAUAGGUUUUCCCAGCAAUCGGACGACUUGCCUGAUUUAAUUUUACUCGAUCGGGACGAAGCUAUUAUAUUCAAGUGUACUGUCGAUGCUUCCUCAGCUCUUAUUGCUCUGGCUGAGGCGAAAAUUUACGAACAUGUUUUGCAAAAUGUUCGUAAUAUUCAAACAGUCAAAUACGUCGGGAUUAAUCUGAAUCCGAGAAAACAGGUGCAGAUCAAAGUUGAAUCUCAGCCUAAUCAAUAUUACGACCCGGAUAUCGAGCUGAAAUGAUCGAAGAAAUUCCAAAACUUGUUGCAAAGUCUGACAGUGGUACUCCGAAAUUCCUUCGAAUGGGUCUAAUAAAAAUAUUUAUUCAAAAUCAAAAAAAAAAAUCGAAUGAGCGAGCUAAUGCAAAAAAUAACUGAAUUUUUCUUUUGAAAAUAAAUGAGAAGACGAAGGAAAACGAGAAGGGGGAGGCA